AUGAAACCAUCUAAAACCCAAUUAAAAAGCAAAGAGGAAUUGAAAAAAGCGUAGGAUCUAUCCAAAAAAAGAAAAAUAGAUGAAAUAACAGGUGGAUAAGAUCAGCAAAAAGAUAGAAAAAUUAGAAAAAUUGAAGAACCAGCAAGAACGCGUAAAAUUUAUGAAGAAGAUAAGAGACCUUACUCUGAUAUUAUAAGCACAGAAAAAGAAAAUAAAAAGUAGAGACAAAUCAAUUAAGAAUAAAUAAUCUCAGAUAGUAUUGAUUCUCUCCAGGAAUAUAUAGACUCAAGAAGAGAAAAAUAGCAAAAAGAACUACUUGCUUUCGGCAAGAACAGAGAGGAAAAAUAAUUCUUAGAAAAUUGGUAUUAAGAGAAAUACUUGAAUAGAGAAAUCAAGAUACAAAAAGUCUGGCUGCAGACAUACAAAUAGCUAAAACUCAGUAGAUGA